AUGAAUGCUGCGAAAGAACUUGCAUUGUGCCACACGCAGCUGCUGAACAACUUGGCUGUUGCUGUGGCUUGCUGCUCCGGCGUUGAUGCCGCCAUCUCCAUCUUACGCGACGGAUUGCAGCAGUAUCCGACUUGUCUCGCCAUCAAAUUUAACCUCGUUCUGUUACUCUGGCGAAAGGGAGACAAGUCUACUGCGUGUACUUUGUGGAUGCAAGCUCGUGGCUGGAGUGUCCAAGGCAAGGCCAAUGAUUCAGACGCGACAAGAGAUUUUGAUGGACAAGACGGUAUUUCGGCCCAGCAACUUGCGUAUCUGGACGCUUUGGUCUUGAGCUAUUGGCGCGAAUCUCGGAACUUUCAACUUGUAGAGAGCUCUCGUCAGUACGUCGAGUACCUUGAGAGUCUAGGAACAACGAACCUCCCCAAGAAUAAUUGA